AUGAGAUUCGCAUCGCUGCCAUGGAGCCUGCAGGCUCUCGUCUACGCUUCCAUCGCGACCGCCGAUUCAUUACCCUACAAUCCCACGAGGAUCCUCACCACCACCAACUCGUCAUACCGAUAUCUCUUUCAGACCUCCUCGCAAUCCACCUACCAGGGUCUUCUGCGAGCCAUAGACAUCACCAAAUCAUUCGCGACAGAUCAGCUGGCCAUCUCGACGAUAACAAAUGGCUUGCCAUUUCUUCGAGACGAUCGCCUCGUACCAUACACCCCGACGAUCGAUUCUUGGGGGAACAUCACAGUCAUUGCUGGAAGCUGUACUGCGGGUGCGAACAAGACGGAGGUAUGGACGUACUGCCCGGCGUCGGCCAACACACCAGCGCUGGGGACAUGGAGUCAACACCAGACAUCCGAUCAGAGCCUGUCGCCAGGGUCAAAUCUGACAGGCUCCAACUACCUUGCGAGCGCUGUUGCCUUCUCGCCCAAGGUCGACGGUGAUCCUACCGAUCUCGCCUUCUACAUGUUUGGUGGCAUGUGCCCUUUCACCACCGGCGACGCACACAGCUGGGCCAGAGAUGCGGCAUAUUCGAACAUGAUGCUGCAGCUUUCCCCCGAUCCUGCAAAUGCCGCUUCCGGAUCGUACAGCAUCACCUCCAUUGCAAACAGAGGAUCCGCCAUCGCAGAGGCCGGCUACACCAUGACCGGUCUCACCCCGACCUUCUCUGUCAAUGCAACCGGCCAGCCGAAUACCCAGCAACAGGACUUCGUGCUGAUCGGAGGCCAUACGCAACAAGCCUUCAUCAACAUGUCCAACAUUGCCCUGUUCUCAUUGCCACAGGAGAGCUGGGCAUACCUACCCGUCAGGCAGCCGUCGAGUGUGAAGACCGAUCUCGCUGCGCGACAAUCCAAUACCGAUGUCGAACCCCGAUCGGGUCACACUGCUGUCCUGUCCGAGGAUGGGUCAAAGGUGAUUGUUUGUGGAGGCUGGGUUGGCGACAUCACAAAUGCGGCGGUUCCUCAGCUAGCGGUGCUGCACCUGGGUUCCGAGUACGGUGGAUCCGCUUCUCUGGAGUGGACGUGGUCGGUUCCGACCGCAAAUGGAAACUUCACCCCACCGGGCGAUGGACUAUAUGGCCACGGCGCGACAAUGCUGCCAGGUGGAAUCAUGAUGGUAGUGGGCGGGUACGCCAUCUCUGGCUCUUCAUCGAAGCGUGCAUCUCAGACGACGAGCGACAGCGUCUAUCUGUUCAACACGACCUCGAAUACUUGGAUCGACUCAUACACCCCUCCUUCGAAACCUGCGGAAGCCGAUCAAUCCUCUACGGGCCCUUUGAGUAAGACGUCACAACAGGCGGGGUUGGGCAUAGGGCUUGCUGUAGGAGCGGCUGCCUUGGCUGGUCUGAUAUGGUUUUACUUCUGGUACAGCAAGCGCCUGAGGAAGCAACGCGAAGAGCGAGCUCGAGAGCUGCUAGGCGAGGGUAAGACAUCACAUGUAUCAGUCGUACGAAUCGAUCGGCCAUCUUCAUACACGGGCGGGAUCGACGGCCGCGGAAGCUACAUUGAUGCCAACCGGCCAUGUCCAUCGAUGAGCGAGGCCGGAGCAACAGGUCUCUUUGUCGACAUCCCAAGCCCUACCAGAGGCCUGCGCAAGGCUUUGCCGAACAGAGGGUACGCAUACCAUCAGGCUCCGAGGGGCGACGAGAGCCGCGCGAAUCGCGGCAGUGGAAGCAUUCAUCCAAUCUUCGAAAGUGCCGACGAAGAUUCCAUCCGUGGAGAUGAUGAUCGAGUCGACGAGUCGGAUGCAGUGCAAAAGGUGCGCCAGAUGGAACAGGUCCUCGAUCGCACGCCGCAAGAGCAAGAUCCCGAGCGAAAUCUGCGGGAGCUGCAGCGCAUUCUGAAGGCGUCCGAUACUGCGAGUCGUCCGGCCAGAGAUCCAUUUAUCGAUCCAGAGCCCAAUCCGUUGGGGAGCCAUCCAGUGUCGCCGCAGAUUCCAGAGACCAUGCGACCAGUGCCUCCAGGGCGCGGCCGCGGCGACUCUCCCACCAGGAGGCCGCUGUCUGCAGAGAUGGAUGGAUCGAUGAACUGGAUGAUCGUCGAGCAGGCAAUAGAACCUUCAGAUCCUUCCGGUUCUUCCACCGGGCGUACAUCGCCUACCAAGACGGAUGAUCGCACUUCUUCCUCCCUCAGUGAGCAGUCGCAGCCAUCGCAGAUUUCCAGCAACUCGAUGACGCGUACCAUGUCGACGCGGACUGGAGCCUUGCUUUCAGCCGCCGCGGCACUCCAAGGAGACGCGGACGACCAUGAAAUUGAAGAGCGUACCAGUACAAUGGGCACCCUGUCGAGUCUUGGCGGAAGACAAUCGCCAUACUACUUUUACACUUCCACCCGGCCUGCGAACGAGGGCAAGCAGAAGCAACGCGAAUCGUAUUAUGCUGCGCAGAAAUCAGCAGACUCAUUCACGACUGCUAGAUCCACCUUCGCUCAGCUCCAAGACGAAGGUGCCGCGUUACUGGGAGGCCCCCCGAUGGCAGACAGAGACGAUCCAUACCAGAGAGCAAUGGCGGCAGCAAGCCCGCAAGUCGGUCGACGACAAUCCAUGCGAGACGAACUUCCACCCAUCGUGAUAUCCCCUCGAAGACGCCAAGGCUGGAUGGGCUCGCUCAAACGCGCCCUGACCGCCAUGUCCAAUGACCGCAGUUUCAGUUUCACGGCCAGCGCCGUCGAACAACUCGACCGACCCGCCGACGCAGCAGACAAAGAACCACGCACCUGCUCCUCCUCCCCCAUCCGGAAACGCAACCCCGACGGACCCCGCCGCGCCGUCUCCGAAGGCGGAACCCUCCUCCGCCAGAAACGCGGCCAGCAAGAUUGGGAAAAAGACAAAGAAUUCUCUCCCUACCGCGAUGACCCCGAUCCUGGGGAUUGGGGAGCGCCGGAACUGGAGAGGAGGCCUUCGGAUGCGGAGAAUGAAUGGGAUGUCGAAGGCGCUGCGGGACAGAGGGAUGUGCAGAUUAUGUUUACGGUUCCCAAGGCGAGGCUGCGGGUUGUGAAUGCGGACGUCGAGAGGGCGAGUAUGCGGUCUGCGAGCGACUCAGCUGUGAGUCGCACGGGCAGUAUGGGCAGGGAGGCGAGCGUGAGGAGUUCUGGCUCCGGAGGCGGCAGUGGGGGUGGAAGGGAGAGAAGGACGGGGGCUUUGGGAAUUACGGACGAGGAGGAAGAAGGAAUCGGUGUUAGUACGGCGAGGGAUGAUGGGCUUCGGUCUCGUUGA